UGGGUUACAGACCUCUAUUCUGAGAUCAGGACAAGUGCGGCCUUAUAAAAAGGAGCGUGAAUCCGGGGCAAAGGAUUCAUAUUUUAAGGUGAAGAGAGCUGAGUGGACUGCGGGACGAGUUGGAUGUAGAUUUGUGCCACAGAAAGCCCCCGCGUACUGUGACGCAGCUGCAGACAGACUUCCACAGCUUCCCGAAGUGGCAUUUUAUGGUUAUCUAGAGUUACGCAUCAGCCGCACUCAGAUCACAACAUGAAGACGUCAGGCCUGCUCAUCGCUUGCUCCUGUCUGAUCUUUGGAUGCAUGGGGAAGCCACAAUUCCCUGAACAAGAGAAAGAUCCCAACUUCUGGAACAGGUGGGCUCAGCAGACCUUGAACAACGCCAUGACUCUGCAAAAUCUCAAUAAAAACAAAGCAAAGAAUCUCAUCCUCUUCCUCGGAGAUGGGAUGGGCGUCCCCACGGUGACGGCAGCUCGGAUACUGAAGGGUCAGCUGAGCGGACACAGCGGAGAAGAGACACAGUUGGAGAUGGACAAGUUCCCUUUUGUCUCUUUGGCCAAGACUUACAACACUAAUGCACAGGUGCCAGACAGCGCGGGCACAGCCACAGCUUACCUCUGCGGGGUUAAGGCCAACGAGGGCACGGUUGGCGUGAGUGCAGCUGCCGUUCGCUCCCAGUGUAACACCACAAAGGGCAACGAGGUCACCUCCAUCCUCAGAUGGGCGAAGGAUGCAAAAAAGUCUGUUGGAAUCGUGACAACAACACGCGUGAACCACGCCACUCCAAGUGCUGCCUACGCCCACUGUGUGGACAGAGACUGGUACUCCGACAAUGAGAUGCCAGCUGAUGCCCUGCAGUCUGGCUGUAAGGAUAUUGCCAGACAGCUCUUCGAAAACAUUCCCAAUAUUGAUGUGAUUAUGGGUGGGGGAAGGAAAUAUAUGUACCCCAAAAACAUGCCGGAUGUAGAAUAUCCGACUCAGUCAAAGCAUAACGGCACACGGAAGGACGGAAGAAACCUGGUGGAGGAAUGGACCAACAAAAGAAACAAUGAGAGGGCCCAUUAUGUAUGGAACAAGAAUCAGCUCCUAUCCCUGAACCCAAACAAUGUGGAUUACUUGCUGGGUCUUUUUGAACCUGUAGAGAUGUCUUACGAAUUGGAGAGGAACACUGACACUGAUCCUUCACUGACAGAAAUGGUGGAUGUAGCCAUCAACAUCCUAAAGAAGAAUCCCAAUGGAUUUUACCUCCUUGUAGAGGGAGGACGCAUAGACCAUGGACACCAUGAGGGCAAGGCCAAGCAGGCUUUGCAUGAGGCUGUGGAAAUGGACCGAGCCAUUGGCCGGUCAGGCCUUCUUACCAGCACUCAUGAUACUCUGAGCGUUGUUACUGCAGACCAUUCACAUGUGUUCAGCUUUGGAGGCUACACACAUAGAGGAAACACAAUAUUUGGUCUAUCCCCCAUGUUAAGUGAUGUUGAUCAGAAGCCCUUCACUGCCAUUUUGUAUGGAAACGGACCUGGUUACAAAAUUGUUAAUGGUAGAAGAGAGAAUAUUUCUACUACUAAAUACGACGAUAACAACUACCAGGCCCAGGCAGCUGUACCUCUGAGCUUGGAGACUCAUGGAGGAGAGGACGUAGCGGUCUUUGCCAAGGGUCCCCUGGCUCACCUGCUGCAUGGGGUCCAUGAGCAGAACUACAUCCCCCACGUGAUGGCCUAUGCAGCUUGUAUUGGCCAGAACAAGCAACACUGUUACUUGAAUGAUGGAGCAGUGGGCAUACAGCCUCUGUUCUCUAGCAUUGCAACAAUUCUCAUGGUCACUUGGCUCCUCUGCUGACCCUCCUCCAACACUUUAUCCUGUCAACAUUGUUUUUGUUGUCUUAACAAAUUUCUCAUUUUAGGAUUUUAGUAUUUUGUGUUUUUUAUUUUGAAAUGUCUCUAUGUAAUGUUUUUAUAAUGGGACUGUGUUUUUACAUAAUUAACCAACAAAAUCAUAAGUUCUCGUCGAGCAUUUAAAACAUGCUCCUUCCCAAAAUAUUUACAGUGAUACAAAAAAUAAAAAAUCAGUUAAACCAAUAAGAAGAUUUUAGCAAACACUGUAAACAGUAACCUUAUACAUUCUUCCUCCUAACUGUUAGAUGAGCUCAGCAAUGCAGAUGAGAAGUCUUGGUAUGAAAAAGAUUUCUGAGCAGGGAAAUAUCAGCUCACUUCAGUUGUUCCAUGUUUCAGGAAAAAAAAAAUCUACAUCGGAGGGUAAAUUGCCAUUAUAUUUCUCACCUUUCUGCCACAGAACAAGAAAAAAUUACUUUCAAACUAUCCAAAAUCUAAAUAUAUAUAGUCAUUAGGAGUUUGUAUAUAUAUAUUUAUAUAUAUAAUUAUUGAAAAGUUCAUUUAUUUUAACAACUCAAUACACCAAAUGAAACAAUAUAUAAAUUACACAACGAAUGUUUUCAAGCCUUUAUUUCUGUUAAUUAUGAUGAUUUUUUUGCUAACAGAUACGGAAAAGACAUUUACUAUUAAAAUAUUACAUCAGACCAAUAAAUAAAAUGGUUUAAAUACAGAAAUGUGGGUUUAAUGAAAAGUAUUUUUUUACCUGGUUAAAGGUUGUAAUUAAAAGAAAGUUUUUAUCUGACAAAUGAGCCUCAUUGGAACACAUAUUCUGCUUUAUUGAAUCUGACUGUAAAUAAAUGAGUUAUUCUGUUCAGCCAGUUAUGCAAACACUCCUGAUGCAAUGUAAGGAAGAGCUCACAUUAAGAUCUUUGAGCUUGGAUCGUUUUCAAAGGUUUUAUAACUAGUUCAGCAAUGUAAAAUAAUAUUAACCCUGUUCAUUUGACAAAAAUGUAUGAACUUGUUUAUUAAUUUAUGGCGCAGUGAACAGAAUCUACCUCGCGUGUUUCCUCAUCGUUCCCACAGGCUGUGUUCUUAUUCCUCACAACAGUUCUCAGGAGUUCUCAGGAGACAACUAUUUCCUGGCUGAGAGAACUGGUUGUUAAACUGAGCUGUACACUUCCAAUUAUACAAAACAAAAAGAUCACCCACCCAUUAUUUUGUUAAAUUAGGAUCUGUAACCAGUAAAUAGUUUUAUCUGGUAAAUCUGUUGGUUUUGAUCAGUUUAUAUUUAUAAUUGUCAUAUUUCAAUUAUGUAGUAAUUUGUUAGUAAGUAAAUGUUUGUUUUUGGCCAUAUUUUUAGAACUUCAACAAUAAAAACAACAUAUUACCUGA